UAGGAAUGAAGGUAAAUUAAAACAAUAAACAAGCUUUUUUUAUAGAUUAAAACAACAACAACGACGAUUUUUUUUUCUUUUUCCCCCCCUUUCUUAUUAAAAAAAAUAAAUGGUAAAGAAUAAGAGUGUGUUCGCGUGUAUUUUAUUAAGCGCGUACGCUGUGCAUGGUUUCGAACUGAAAGAUCCCUUGGAUAUUCAUUCAGCAGGUGUCUCUUCUGAGAAUAUCACAGCAGCUCAAUUUAAAAAGGCAAAUCAUUAUUGUCUCGUCUUUGAAGAUCAUUUUGAUACCCUGAAUUUCAAGAAUUGGCAGCAUGAAAUAUCUCUCAGUGGCGGUGGCAAUUGGGAAUUCCAAUAUUACACAAAUAAUCGUACAAACAGCUAUGUAGAGGAUGGUAUUCUCUACUUAAAACCUAGUAUGACGGCUGAUACUGUAGGUGAAGAUGCUUUAAAAAGCGGUGGUAAAAUCAACCUGUAUUCAGGUGCCCCAUCAGAAGACUGUACAGAUAACGCCAAUUUUGGUUGCGAAAGAAUGUCGGGUCCCGUAGCGGGUGGCAAUUAUCUCAAUCCCAUUCAGUCAGCACGUAUCAGAACCAUUGACUCAGUUACCCUUCGCUAUGGUAAAGUAGAAGUAAGAGCACGUCUACCCAGAGGUGAUUGGAUAUGGCCUGCUAUUUGGAUGUUACCCAAGUACUCUGCCUAUGGAAGUUGGCCAGCAAGUGGUGAAAUUGAUAUUAUGGAAUCCAAGGGAAACCAAAAGAGCCCUCACGGAAACUCCUCUCAAAUUGUCUCUACACUGCAUUGGGGACCUCAUACGUACCUUAACAAGUACUUUCUCACACAGGGUGAAAUCUUUGCCCAAGAUGGAGAAGAAGAUUUUAGUGAGGAUUUCCAUACGUUUGGUAUGGAAUGGAACAGUGAAGGAUUACGUACCUAUGUGGAUGAUACCACAGUGCUGACGGUGGAUUUUGACCAGACAGCAUGGCAAAGGGGUCAAUUUACCAAACCCACCUUAAACCCAUGGAAAGGUGGUGAUAUCUCUGCUCCCUUUGAUCAGGAGUUUUAUCUGGUCAUGAAUGUUGCAGUGGGUGGCGUGAAUGGUUACUGGCCAGAAGAAGACAAUAAACCCUGGAAGAACGAUGAUCCUCAUGCCCCUAAUGCCUUUUAUAACGCCAAAAGACAAUGGUUGCCUACAUGGGGAAAAGGAAAUAAACGCGCAUUGGCCAUUGAUUGGGUCAAGAUGUGGUCUACUGAAACAGAUACGUGUGUCUCCCCAAAGAAAUCCUUACUUUAAAAAAUAAUAAAAAAGGCUCCGUUUCAAUUCUUUUUUUUUUUUUUUUGUUAUACAUCUUUUUCAUUUUUUUUUUGUAAUUAUUAUUUUAAAAUGUCGAGACAGUUUGGAAAUAGAACUAGUGUAAGGUGCCUACAUGACCAUGCGUUUUUUUUUGGGAGGGGAUGAAAGUGAAU